AUGAUGUCCGGCUCCUCGCUGCUCCUCCUGCUGCUGAUCUCCUCCGCCGCCGGAUUCCAGCUGCUGGCCGACGAGGCGUCGCCCCGCCGGGCCCGCUUCUCCGCCAACAGCGCCACUGAUGUGGCCAGAUGUUUGAACGGAGCCGUCGCUGUGGGUUGUGGGUUCUUCUCGUGUCUGGAGAACUCAACCUGUGACACCGACGGGAUGCACGAGAUCUGUGAGCUCUUCCUCCAAUCAGCUGCCACCUUCAACACGGAGGGUAAAACCUUCGUGAAGAAGAGUCUUCACUGCAUCUCUCAGGGAAUCUCCUCCAAGGUUUUCCAAACCAUCCGCCGCUGUAACAUCUUCCAGAGGAUGAUCGCUGAGGUGCAGGAAGAGUGUUACAGCAGUUUGGACAUUUGCACUGUGGCUCGAACCAACCCUGAGGCCAUCGGGGAGGUGGUGCAGGUUCCAACACAUUUCCCCAACAGGUACUACAGCACGCUGCUGCAGGCGCUGCAGGCCUGCGACGAGGAGACGGUGGCGGCGGUGCGGACCGGCCUGGUGGCCCGGCUGGGCCCCGACAUGGAGACCUUCCUCCAGCUGGUGCAGAGCAAGCCCUGCGCCGCCGGCUCCGACGCCGCCGCCUACAGCAACCCGUCCAGCUGGAGGAACAUGCCCGUCUUCAACGUGCAGCCGGGCUUCAGGGGCCGGGACCCCACCCACCUGUUCGCCAGGAAGAGGUCCGUGGACCAGGUGGAGGGGGGGGGCCAGGGCGAGCAGUAGACUCGAGCAGGUCAGCUGCAGAUUUAGAUGGGGAUCGCCUUGUGAUGACUAAUCUUUGUUAUUCAUAUUUAGGGUUUGAUUUGAUUUACACUGAUAUUUAUUUUCCUAAACCAGUAAAUUUAUGAGGCCGUUAUAUUUGAGCGUGGAGGCCCGGGACGUCCUGAAGACACACGCUGGCCGUGGAGCGUCUUCAGGUCUCCUGUUAGAGGACAAACUGCUGGUCUGACAUCACUUCAUUAGUUUAAAGGUUGUAUGUGAGGUUUGAAUGAAAAGAUGCUUUAACAUAUAAGACGACUUGACUGGUGUUAGAAAUAAAUGAUGUUAUGUGA